CCCCAGCAGGGCCUGUCAGCUGGCUCCGCCGCUUGGGGGAUGGGCAGGCGGGACCGAAUCGACCCAUCUUGGGGGCUGUGGGAGCGGACGGGACUAAAUCGCCGCGCUCCGGAGGGGUGGUGGCAGCGGCAGAGGAGACGGAACCAACCACCCCGGGGUAUAUGUGGGUGUAGACAGAGCCGCGUCAGCCACUCCUUGGAGGCCAAGACGCUCCAUCGCUCUACCAAAAUGCAGUAUUCCCAUCACUGUGAGCACCUUCUAGAGAGACUGAACAAGCAGCGAGAGGCAGGCUUCCUUUGUGAUUGCACGGUAGUUAUUGGUGAAUUCCAGUUCAAAGCUCACAGAAAUGUGCUUGCCUCCUUCAGUGAGUACUUUGGUGCAUUUUACAGGGAUGCCUCUGACAGUAAUGUGGUUUUGGAUCAGACUCAAGUGAAGGCUGAUGGAUUUCAGAAACUCCUGGAGUUUAUAUACACAGGAAACUUAAACCUUGACAGUUGGAAUGUUAAAGAAAUUCAUCAGGCUGCUGACUAUCUCAAAGUGGAGGAGGUGGUCACUAAGUGUAAAAUAAAGAUGGAAGACUUUGCUUUUAUUGCUAAUCCCUCCUCUACAGAGAUUUCUAGUAUUACGGGAAACAUUGAACUGAACCAACAGACUUGCCUCCUUACUCUUCAAGAUUACAAUAAUCAAGAGAAAUCAGAUGCCCCUUCUGCAGACUCAGUUCAGCCACAAGCAAAAAAAAGUGGUUUAGAAAAGAAAUCUACUCAGACCAGAAAGCGAAAAAAGACUUUUAACUCUCAGAAAAACACGAAGAAUAAACCAGUGCAAUAUCAGAAUGACAUAAUUGAGAACUCAUCAGUCGAUAUGUUUUUAGAUGCAAAUAAACUGGCCAUACAGAUAACGGAACAAGCUGCCCAAGGCAGCGAUAACGCAGAGCUACAGCUAGUGUCUGUGGUGGAAAGUGAAACUUUUGCAGCACAAGAUGUUUUGGUUCAGACUAUUACAGUGAAACAAAAACGGGGGAAGCCACAGCAGAACUGUGCAUUGAAAGAACGCAGUAUGUCUAAUAUAGCUAGUGAAAAGAACUCUUACCAACUGGAGAGCUCUGGAGAAGAACUCGAUCAGAAAUACUCCAAGGCCAAGCCAGUGUGCAACACUUGUGGGAAAAUAUUUUCAGAAGCCAGUAGUCUACGACGACACAUGAGAAUACACAAAGGAGUAAAGCCUUAUGUGUGUCAGCUCUGUGGAAAAGCAUUUACACAGUGUAAUCAGCUGAAAACACAUGUCAGAACGCACACAGGGGAGAAGCCAUACAAAUGUGAAUUGUGCGACAAAGGCUUUGCCCAGAAGUGCCAGCUUGUUUUCCACAGUCGCAUGCAUCAUGGAGAAGAGAAACCAUAUAAAUGUGAUGUGUGCAGUCUGCAGUUUGCAACUUCAAGCAAUCUGAAGAUCCAUGCCAGGCGACACAGUGGUGAGAAGCCCUACGUGUGUGAUAGGUGUGGGCAGAGAUUUGCUCAGGCCAGUACGCUGACGUACCAUGUUCGUCGCCAUACAGGAGAGAAGCCGUAUGUGUGUGACACCUGUGGGAAAGCAUUUGCAGUGUCCAGUUCUCUGAUCACUCAUUCUCGAAAACAUACAGGAGAGAAACCAUAUAUAUGUGGCAUUUGUGGCAAAAGUUUUAUUUCCUCAGGAGAGCUCAAUAAACAUUUUCGGUCUCAUACAGGUGAAAGACCAUUUAUCUGUGAACUGUGUGGAAAUUCUUACACAGAUAUAAAAAAUUUAAAAAAGCACAAAACAAAAGUUCACACAGGAUCCGAAACCACCCUUGAUUCUGACACAGUUGAUAAUUCCUACAAUGAACAAGAAUCCAUUCAGAAUCAGAAAAGCCCUUUGUCAGAGUCUGCAGAUGUGAAGCCUUCUGAGAUGUCUUUACCACUUCCUCUUCCCAUUGGGACAGAAGACCAUCAGAUGCUGUUGCCUAUAACUGGAUUCCGUGGCCAACUGGUAAUUCUGUGACUGAAGAAUCGCACCAAAAAGCAGGGCCUUGAAUAUAAGUGACAAAGGUCCACUCCAUGUGACCAGAUCUAAGGCUGCAUUUUCUGACCAAAAAUACAGCAAAGGUAUAAGGAUGAAUGCAGUUUUAGUAAUUAGUAGUAUUGCACAAAAGAAAAGCCAUCUUAAGCGCUCCGCCAACUCAUAUGGUUACACUGCUAUUUGGCAAGUUCAUUUUUAAAUGUAUUAAAGUACAUCUCUUCUGAUGUGCUAUUACUAUUUUUUUUUUAAAGUUUAACUUGUUCAGAAUUACUGAGUAAUGCAUAUAUUACCAGAAGAGCAAACUAACUCUCUGAAAAACACAUUCCUAUGUAGAAUAUGCAUUCCAUAAGAAUGUUUGUUUCAACUGUUUUUAUAUUUCUAAAAUUUUAGAUUACUACAGUAUUCUUACAUUUCAGACUUUUUUUAAAAAAAAUCAGUACUUAGAUUUAUACUGGAUCCAGUUUAGAUAUUUAUAGAGGUGACAUUUGCUUUAUAUUACUCAUUUAGUUUUCUUUAUACACAGGAAGAUCAUCAUUUUUACAAGACAACGGUUUUAAACCUCUCUUCACAGAAUACACAGGUUCUGAUAAAGUUGUUCUCUUGCAGCAAUAAUUUAAUGAUCUGUACUCUUGAGUACCAAUUCUUAUCCUCAACUUUGAUGAAAAUGACUCAGCUUCUGAGUUAAUUUCCUUAAAUAUAUUAAUUUAAUAAACGUAUAAUGUAAAAAAUGUGUAGAGUGUUCCAGCUGGGUGCUGUCAAGCUUUGAGAGAGAGCUCAACUGCAUAUCUGUGACAAUGCCUGGAGUACUUUCCAUGCAUCUCUUAUGUGAAAGCGUACUGCUCUCAAGUUCAAUUUGGAGCUGGAAGUUAUCAAGAGGAUUGAUGGUCCAUGUAAAGAGUGAAUAGGGGGAAAACGUGGACAUCUUAAAUAUUUAAAUGCCGUUAAUAGUUAACCAAAUUUCUCCUUUCUGAAAAAUGAAAGCGAGAGCAUUAACAUUUCUUUAAAAUUUUGAAAAAGAUAUCUAAAGAAUAUUUCCAGUGUGAUCCAAAUCUCAGCAAGUCCACUAACGUCAAUGGAAGUUUUGCCUGAGGGCAUGACUACUCUUGGAAAUUUACCAAAAUAGCUAGCUAUUCCAGAAUGGGGAGUUAUACCAGAAUAACUACUCUGCAAUAAUUAUUUGGUAAGUUCCAAGCGUAGAAAAGCCUUGAGUAAGGAUUACAAGAUUGGACUUUGUGAGAGGUUGUUGGUAAGACUUACAGAAAUAGGUCUAGAUAAGAACUAGUAAUCGAUUUGGGUUAAGUUAUUUUUGAAGUAUUUUUCCUGUAUAUACAAAGUGUUUUUUCCUUCUGUUGUGUAUAUAUAGUUCAAUUCUUUUUUUAUAAUCCCCUGUGGGGGUUUUGUACAUACAUAGGUUGCAGUGUUUGUUAGGCUUUAAUAAACUUGUUUUGUAAUUUUC